GUAUCAGACUCCUACUCGAUAGUGGAGUAGUUAAGUCCUCAGCCAGCUGAUUUUGGUGAACUGUUUUCAUGGUAUCUCAUCUGCCUUGCAUCCUAAGUGUUAUCUGACGUGUUUUUACUUCGUUUGACUCCAAAAACGGCUAGUUCAAACUUUAACUAUCUGCCAAACAGAGCCUACCAAUCACACUGAGCCACUAGCAAUAAUUAAGGAGUAUUAAGUAUCGAAAAAUUCUUGAGGAGAGACUAGUUCGUAGUGUUCUGAGGUCCAGUGAUGUUUAUGAUCCUGUUGCUUAGUCUGUACUUAAAUAUCAACCCUAGAAAAGGCUAGUAUUCGUAUCAACUUCGUCGAGGUACUUGGACAUGCGGAUCCGGACGAAUGAUUCGUGUGUUUAGAAAGAAGCCUCCACUGAAAUUGCUCCCGUAACGCCGAGAACUAGCUCUCAAUGCUGAAAACCUUGAUCAGAAAGCAAAAAGGCUUAUCGGCACUGGAUUAAUAUUGGUAAUACGGAAAGAAUAAAACGAAGAACGUGGCAACUCGAACUGCUGCACUUCGGUGCCAAGUUCUAUGUUGAAUCCAGACAGAUAGAUAUAGUUGUUAAAAAGGUUCUUUCAAAAUAUAGCUACAAUUUAUUUUUAGGUAGUCUUAGGCAAAUUGAUGUACCGCAAAGUCGCGCACUAAUUAGUUGUAUUCCACUUUUAUUGAUGGUUUAUGGUGAAAUCAUUAGCAAGGCAGGCUGAACUACAGUAAGUUGUUAGUGGUUGAUACUUCUUCCUGGCCUGACCUCACCGAUUACUGUGAUCAUUUUCAUGAACUUUUCACUCUCUGAUGUUUUCCUGUCUAUACAUAACUUGCUCCUUAUUUUUCUCCCACUACCUUUUUAUCCAUCCUUCGGACUUCAUUUCGCUUAGUUUAUAGGUACGCUUUAUUUUAAUCACCUUUUUGGGUUGUGAGAUGUGCAUUAAGUUUAUACUUACAUACACACUGUUCAUUCUUAUCGGAUGUAUAACCUUGGAUUUGUGCUACCAAUCCAAUUUGUUGUGAUGAACUUUACUUUUUGACACAUUAAUUCUUAAAUGCAUUGUUGGUGUCGAAUUAUUUGACUUUUAGGUUGCGUAGUUUCCAGUUGUAUUUACAACCGAUGGUUGGGAUAGAAGAUUUGCCGCAGGAUUUAUUUUACCAAAUUUGUUCCUACCUACAAAUUAGUGAUCUUGUUGCUGUGUCUACUGUGUGCAGACAAUUCAGUCAUUGGUUAGGCCGACAGUCGUACUGGAAAUGGCGGUUACAGAAUCUAUGGAAUGGCAAGUAUCCUUGUUUACCAGGAAAGAUUGUAGAUUGGUCAUCGGUGUGUUUUGAAAGGGAAAAAUGUUUCACAAUCUUCGGUAACGAUUCAUGUGAAUGUUUUCGUGUGUCCAAACUUAACGCUGUUGAUGAAGGCAUUGAUGCUCUACAUAUCCCUUUGAGACAUUCUGAAUUACUUCUCGUGGGUGGCAGGGAAAAAGUGGUUUCUAUAUUUUCAUUCAAAAGUGGACUGCUUUCCGAUGCAUGGCACCCCAUAUUUACUGAAAGUAAUAGCCAUUCUGGUUGGUUAUGGACAAUAAAUUCAACAGACGAUACUGUAAUCACAGGUGGUUGGGAUAGUGUAGUAAGAGUAUGGAAGUUGACAAACUCAGGUCUUGCACCCCAAUCAGUGUACGAAGUAAGCAGUCCUGUUCUGUGCUCAAGUUUUUUGGAUUCCAAUACAUUAGCAAUUGGUACCCAAGGUCGAUAUGCGUACCUACUGGAUCUACGUUCUUUUGAAAAAGAACCAUCUGCUCUGCGUCAUAGGGGAGCUGUCGUUUGUAUGGAUUCUAUAUACGAAAGUGGUUUAAGUUCGGUUAUCUCAAAUGAGUUCAUCUUUAGUAGAAAUAAUCAUGCGAAUGAUGGUCUUGCUCGCGGUGAUCAUGUGUAUGCAGAAUACAGCUCCCAUUCAGACUUAUCGUCUAUAGCAGCUAGUGAAGAAAAUUUCUGUGAAUCCGUAGUUGAUCCAUUUGAAAUAGGAAAUCUUAUAUUGGACAAUUGUGCAUCCAUUUCACCAAAAGUGUCUACAAAGAGUGAACAAGAUAAGAAAAUUAAUUAUAAGCGAGAAGAUACAGAGACUGUUGCUGAUGAUCUCAGCCAGUCUCAUAAAUACUCAUUCUCCAAUUUUCAUCUCUUCACUGGGAGCUCCGAUCAACACAUUGCUGGUUGGGAUGUGAGAAAUGCAUCGUGUCCAGUCCAUAGACUCAAAUUGACCAGGCUUCCAAGAAAGAUAUCUCUACUGGAUGAAAAUGAAUUAUGGGUCGCUGAACCACCUAAUCGAGUUCACGUAUUCGACAUUCGUGAUAAUCACUUAAAUUGUGCAUAUACAAACCAACUCCCUGGAUGGGAUCGUGGUUUCGGAGGUAUUAAAGCCACAUCUGGAUGUAUCUUCGUUGCUGGUUUACAUGGCUCUGUUGAAGCCUUUCACCCCACAUGUCCACUACUACCAAUGGGCGGAAAACCAUUGCAGGAAAAAAUCUUUGCUUCCCCUACCAGUUUAGAAUACUGUAAUGAUAUUUUGGUUUCGGGGUCGGGAGAUGGCUCAAUAUAUAUUUGGUCUUCUUCAAAAAGAAUGAAGUCAUUAAUUUCGUCAGACUAAUGCCUUCAGUAAUAAAGGACAUUUCUUUAUAUAUAUAUAUAUAUAUAUAU